GUGGGCGGGGCUUGGCGGCCGCGCAGCCAAUGGGGAAGCCGGGCGCGUGGCGGGCCGAGAGCCGGUUCCGGUUCCGGUCCCGGUGCCGGUGCCGUCGCCAUGGAGCCGGCCGAGGCGGAGUUCCUGGCCGAGAAGGAGCUGGUGACGAUCGUGCCCAGCUUCAGCAUGGACCGCGUGCACCUCAUCGGGGGGGACCUGGGCCCCUUCAAUCCCGGGCUGCCGGUGGAGGUGCCCGUCUGGCUGGCCGUAAACCUGAAGCAGAGGCAGAAGUGCCGCCUGGUUCCCCCGGAGUGGAUGGAUGUGGAAAAACUGGAGGGGAUUCGGGACCAGGAACGCAAAGAGGACACCUUCACCCCGAUGCCCAGCCCCUACUACAUGGAGCUCACGAAGCUGCUGUUAAACUACGCCUCCGACAACAUCCCCAAAGCCGACGAGAUUCGCACGCUGGUGAAGGACACGUGGGACACGCGCAUGGCCAAGCUGCGGCUGUCCGCGGACAGCUUCGUCAGGCAGCAGGAGGCUCACGCCAAGCUGGAUAACCUAACCCUGAUGGAGAUCAACACCAUCGGGACUUUCCUCACCCAAGCCUUGGACCACAUGUACAAGCUGCGGACCAACCUCCAGCCCGCCGAGAGCUCCCAGUCCCAGGACUUCUGAGGGCGUGGGUGUGCUUCACAGAGGGAACUUCUGAGGGCAGCACAGGCCGCACGCCGGCUUGGAAGCGAUGAAUUUCGAGGCGGCGCUUGGCCGGGAAUUCGCUCAGAGCCUUGAAACGGCGGGGGGAAGAUGUGCGGGGGUAGCGAGAGGUGCGUGCCGGGGAGAUCAGCUGGGAGGCACCUCCAGCUGCUCCGGGGAGGAGGACAAAAGGAAACGGCUUUCCCCCUCCCGCCCGGGCUGUUUUGGACUACGUCUCCCUUUUAUUUGUAUCUGAAACCGUGCGGAAAUAAAUAAAACGACCGGCAGCUGACCGAACUGCGCCGAA